UUAAAAAGAGCAGGCGGCGGCAAAACGGUGCGUCUCCUGAAGUCAAACCGUAAUCCACACCGUCCAUAUCUCACGAAGAGACGUAGAGUGUGAGUGUACAGUCAGCAUGGCAGAAGCACAUCAGGCUGUGGCCUUCCAGUUCACCGUCACUCCUGAUGGCAUCGACCUGCACCUGUGUCACGAGGCCCUGCGCCAGAUCUACCUGUCUGGCAUCCACUCCUGGAAGAAGAGGUUCAUCAGGUUCAAGAAUGGUGUCAUGACUGGAGUCUAUCCAGGAAGUCCCUCGGGGCUCCUGGUUGUUUUGGUGGGUUACAUGUCUACCACCAAAUAUGCCAAAAUAGACCCAUCCCUUGGGAUGUUCACUAAACUGUCAAAACACCUACCAAUCAGUAAGUACGUAACAGAAGAAGGGCAGCGUGUUGUUGGUGGUGUGCUGAUUGGGACCGGAUUGUGGAUUGCUGUGACUUUCGUAAUGAGAAAUGUCCUCAAGUACUUGCUGUCCUGGCACGGCUGGAUGUUCAAUCGCCAUGGAUCUUUGAACUUAAAAACAAAAAUUUGGUUGGUGUUAGUGAAGUUAUUUUCGGGGCCAAAGCCAAUGCUGUACAGCUUCCAGAGUUCACUACCACGGUUACCAGUGCCUCCUGUAAAAGACACAGUUAGAAGAUAUCUUGAGUCAGCUCGUCCUCUGAUGGAUGAUGAACAGUACAAACGUAUGGAGGGGUUGGCAAAGGACUUUGAGAAGAACUUGGGCCCCAGACUGCAAUGGUACUUGAAGCUCAAAUCCUGGUGGGCCUCCAAUUAUGUCAGCGACUGGUGGGAGGAGUAUAUUUACCUCAGAGGUCGAGGACCAAUCAUGGUCAACAGCAACUACUAUGCAAUGGUAUUUUGGGUUUCUUCCUUGUUUUCGUGUUUGACCUUCCGUUCUGCUUCACAGCUCAUGGUGUUAAACACAAUCCCCAUGUGCUCAUCUCAGUACGAGCGUAUGUUCAACACCAGUCGAGUUCCCGGUGUAGAAACAGUUUCAGUUUUCCAUGACUGUUUUCCUCUACAGGUAUUUUGGGUUUCUUCCUUGUUUUCGUGUUUGACCUUCCGUUCUGCUUCACAGCUCAUGGUGUUAAACACAAUCCCCAUGUGCUCAUCUCAGUACGAGCGUAUGUUCAACACCAGUCGAGUUCCCGGUGUAGAAACAGACGUCCUUCAGCACAUGAACGAGAGCAAACACAUCGCCGUGUAUCACAAGGGACUCUUUUACAAAGUGUGGAUGUUUUAUGACGGACGGCUGCUGUUGCCUCGAGAAAUUGAGCAGCAGAUCGAAAGGAUCUUGGCCGACAAGUCUGAACCUCAGCCAGGAGAGGAGCUGCUGGCCGCGUUAACAGCGGGUGACAGAGUUCCCUGGGCCAAAGCCCGCUCACAGUUCUUCAGUCGAGGGAAGAACAAGCAGUCUCUGGAUGCCGUGGAGAAGGCGGCUUUUUUUGUUUCUCUGGAUGACACCGAACAGCGUUACGAUCCAGAGAAUCCAGUGCAGUCGCUGGACAGCUACGGCAAAUCUCUGCUCCACGGAAAAUGCCAUGACAGGUGGUUUGACAAGUCUUUCAAUCUGAUUGUGUUCAAGAACGGCACUAUGGGAUUGAAUGCAGAGCACUCCUGGGCCGAUGCGCCCGUCGUUGGCCAUUUGUGGGAGCAUGUCUUGUCAUCAGAUCCAGUGAGACUGGGCUAUACUGAGGACGGACACUGCAAAGGAAACCCCCAUCCCAACCUGCCGGGACCCCAGAGACUGCAGUGGGACAUCCCAGAGGAGUGCCAGGCAGUGAUCAGCAGCUCUCUGAAAGUGGCCAAAGCUCUGGCGGACGACGUGGACAUGCACAUCAUCCCCUUCAACGACUUUGGCAAAGGCCUGAUCAAGAAAUGUAAGACGAGUCCCGACGGCUUCAUUCAGAUCGCCCUCCAGCUGGCGCACUUCAGGGAUAAAGGCAAGUUCUGCCUGACGUACGAAGCCUCCAUGACUCGUCUGUUCAGAGAGGGCCGCACUGAGACCGUGCGCUCCUGCACCACUCAGACCUGUGAUUUUGUCCGUGCCAUGAUGAAUGACAAAGCAACGAGAGAAGAGAAGUUGAAGCUGUUGAAGGUGGCGGCAGAAAAGCACCAGGAUUUAUACAGACUGGCCAUGACGGGAGAUGGCAUCGACCGCCAUCUUUUCUGCCUCUACCUGGUGUCAAAGUACCUCGGGGAAGAUUCGGCUUUUCUCAAAGAGGUGUUGUCCGAGCCCUGGAGAUUGUCCACCAGUCAGACUCCUCUCCAACAGCUCGACCUGUUUGAUUUAAAGAGGCAUCCAGAAUUUGUCACCAGCGGAGGUGGUUUUGGACCUUUUUUCAUGGGUCCCUGUGUGAACUCGGCAUUACAUCUCAUCAACUUCCACAUAUCCAGCAAACACUCCAGCCCAGAGACCGACUCUCACCGCUUUGGAAGUAACAUUAGAAAGGCAAUGCUUGAUAUCCUGGAUCUUUUCCAGCUUGACAACAAAGCUAACAACAAGUGAUCUUUCUCUUCUUGUUUUCUCAUUUCUCAAAAGGGAAAUCAUUUUAAAAUAUUUUAAACAGAGGGCUGAUCUUCCUUAGGCAUCUACAGAGUAAUUGUUGGUUUUAAUUACAAUUAAUAUUCAAAGAAUGGUCAUUUAAACAGGACGGAGCAUGCUAUCUGGGCAUCUGAUAAAAUUGCAUUGUUGAGAGAAGAUAUUCUUUUUGGGUUGAUAAUUAUAUCACAUAUUGUAUGUCGCAGAGAUUUUUUUGUUUGUGCUGGGUUGUAUUCAUGCACUGUUGCCUUAAUCUCUGGAACGGAUGUGAAUGGGCUAGAAAUGUUCAGAAGAUCCUGGAAAACCUGUGGCCUUUUUGUGCUGCUGUACAUUCAGACUUUCACUUGUUCUGCUUUUGUGUUCAAACAUUGAAGUGGCUCUUUUUUUCAGAUGAAUAUCUCAGACUCAGGUUUUCAACUAAUAUAUUCACUUUAUUGUGACUUGAAUUGUUUUUGAAGUAAAACUGUGGCAGGUUACAGGGAAGCUAUACAGGGAGGACAAGCCAAAUAUUUCAAACAUAUAGGGCAAUGAUACAUAUUUUCUUUCACUUGUGUUUUUUUUUGUUGUUGUUAUUUAAGCAAGGUCAAAGAAUUGCAGCAGUGUGAACAUUAUCAUAUAUAUGGUUAUUUUAAUUUAUUUAAUGACUCACUAACACUCAAACAACACUCCACAUUAACAUUUAACAUUUAGCUGUAUGUUCAUAUUAGGACAUUCUGAGUGCACUAAGAACAAAGCCAAAAAUAGAAGAAAUUGGGAUAUCAUUCCCAGGUAUAAGGUACAAAAAGAUUUAUUUCUGUAUAUGUUGUUUCUCAGUGUGCUAUUUAUUUAUCGGUUCCUCAUCAAACAUAUCUGAAAGUGUGCUUAUGGAUUUAAUGAAUAAUAAUUAUUCUUGAUUGGAAACAUGAAUGCAAAUGAAUACAAUUUAAAGGGAAAGUGUCACUUAACUUGAUGUGUUGUGCAAUGUAUCAAAUAUAUUUGUAUCAUAUUUUCCACAGUAGACCUCAUUUUUGCAGCACAGGUGUGAUAUAGGAACUGUUUGGCAUUGUUACUGUAAUUCAA